AUGAGAUAUAAUAAGCAAGAAUUAGCUGCGAUAGCAUCUCAGACGUCUCAAACUUUCGAUCGUGAGGGUGUGCUUAUAAUGAAGGAAAAACAAGACGGCUUCUUUCGUCGCACUGAAGCUUACUCAAUACGGUGGUUCCGGCUAAGAGGAAAUCUUCUGUUUUAUUUAAAAGGAUCAGAACCGUGGUAUGAACCAGUGGGUGUCAUUGUUUUGGGUAGACAUGAAGUUAAGCUGCAGGCCUGUGAUGAGAAUGGACACUGGCCAUUCCAAUUAGUUUGGGACAAUGCAGUAUGUUAUAGAUUAGCAACUUUUCAAGAGUCUGAACGCACAAUUUGGAUUAAAUCACUACAAAUGGCCCCGUAUGAGGUUAUUCACUCACAAAUCGAAACACUUAAAGAGAAAUUAUCUAGAGUUAGACCAAUUAUUGAUGUUUCAAGUUAUCGGUCUCAAAAAGGCAUUGUAUUGGAUAUGAAUGAAGUGCCACUAUGUGAGUUGGCUUUGUCAUGUGAUAAUUUACUGUGUGAUGCCCAUGGACGACCACCGUCACCGUUGCUUGUUGUGUAUGUUCGUUUCUCUAAAGACCUAUGUGUAAAAUAUGGAUCAACGGAAGUUAUUGAAACGUGUAGCAACCCUUGUUUUUCGAAAACCGUGUUAUUUCGAGCAAGUGACGGCAUGAGCGGCAAGGCGGUUGUCCGUUUAGUAGUAUAUGAUGUCAAGGAGUUAGUAUCAGAGGUAGCUGUUCCCAUGGGGUACACAACUCUGCAGUUGAGCACAAUACAGGAAACACAAAGACUUCGAGUAGCUUUAAAAACACAUGAUAAUAAGACGGUUGGUUUUGUUACAAUGAAUGGUUGGAGCCUUGAGCCAUCGUGUACUGGAAAUAGUCCAUGUCACACUAACGAUAGAAAUUGCCUAGAUAUACCCCAAAAAAUUCAGUGCCAUAGAAGAUCCCAAUCGUUGCCACCUAGGUUAGGUCUUAAAUUGAAGUUUCCAGCAUAUGGAAGUAUGAUUAAGCAAAACUUUGUGAAUAGCCAUCAAGUUACUUACAAAUUUCAUUCCGGCUUGGGAGGUGAUAUUAAUGUGCAUGAAAUAAUGGCGGAACCGAAACUCUGUUAUCAGCUGCCUAUAGAACUGCUGGAUAUUUAUAUACAAAGAGAAAAGGAGCUUUUAGGCGAAAUGUUAUCUGUUGGCGACAUCUGUGGCAAUUGGCAAAACAAACAAUUGGAUCUAACUAGUAUACACGUGUCGUUGCUGAAGCAUUAUUGUCAUUCGAAGAGAUGCUUACAGCAAGCUGAGCAUGCUUAUUUUAAGGCGAGUUGUAAAAAAGAUGACUCAAGUUUGGAGUUUGCACCGGUAAACCUCCAUUUACAAAGAAUGUGGAUACAUAACGAUACUCUAAACAAGACUGGUUUUCACGAUAUAAUUACUGCUGGAGCGUUUGCGGCGCACACACAUAAGUCUGAGAGGACUGGCGGUCUUAUUAGGUUAGUUCAACAAGUGAAGGAUAUAAAUAGUUCGAAAGCGGCGUUGAACUCCGCCGCGGCUAACAAAAUACAAUCUGAGUAUGACAAUGUAAUGGCGCUAAGAAAUCUCAAAGACGAAAUCUUCAAGGAUAUGGACCGAAUCAUUGUUCUAAUACAGGCGAACCAAAAUAUUGAGGCGCGACAUACUACCGAAGUGAUAAAAACGAAAACAAAAGGGAUGAUGACAUUGUGGGAACCUGGUGUGAUUGAGGAAUCGCUAGCCAUCAUCGGUUGGCCCAAACAUAAUUGUAACGAAGAUAAUGAAAAUCGGACGAUCUCAACAAUAAUGCAACUGACCGAGCAGUUGAGCAUGUUCGAUGUUGGCUCAGAUUGUGAUACACUCGCAUCAUCGAGUUCUAGUUCCAAAGAAACAACGCCCACUGUUGAUGCUCCAUCUCUAUCAGCCAGCGUACCAAACAUGUGCCACAACCGUUGCUCCAAAACCCAAGAGUCGAUACGGAACAUCCUCGAGUCGACCGAUCUUCAGUUCCACAACAAUUACUUCAAUAGCGAAGAACGGCAGCAACUCAAUCAUUCGUUCCGAUCGGUUCGCUCGCCGUUCAAAACUAAAUUGAACGAUUUGCCGAAUUCAUCGUUCGAUUCGAAUAGACCGAGGCAUGGUAGCUUGAGGCAUGACUUCAAGAAUGCGUCGUCAUUGGAACAGGUGUCGUACAGGUGUCUUAUGGAGAGCUUAUGUGGAAGUGAUAGGAGGAAGUCAUCAAACGGGAAACGAGAGUCAACUCUUCCGAGUAUUGGACAAGUCGACUCCGCGACGAGGAAAACUAACUUGACAUAUUUGGAGGAUUUUGGUGUCAAUUUCGAAGCCAGCUUGGCAACUGUCAUCGAAGCUGUUGUUAAGAUUAUUGAUUCUAAUAAAGAGCCGUCAGAGCAAGAUUUAGAUACGCUGAGAGCGCUAACGGAGAAUUUCAAAAUCAAGGCUGAAUCGUUAACACAUUGGGCGCGAAUCUCGCAUGCAGCCCUGCGGCUUAGGUGCGAGUCGCCCGCGUGGGCGAGGGACCACGCUGCGCUUCAGACGAGACGAGACACGUGCUUUUCUCAAGCGUUGGCCACAACAACUUCCGGCUUACUAUGUUGGUUCAAUUCUGUACCACACGACAUAGUCGUGAAGUUGCUGAGCUCCGACCUCGGGCCUCUGUGUGGCUUCGAGGGGCUUUUGAGUCUCUAUUCCACUGAAAAAGCCAUGUGGGGAGAUAUGGUUGUAGCUGUUGAGGAUUUGCAGACGGUACUAUUCACGUUGAACAAAGUGGGACAUAGUAACACAGCGCUGCCUCACGUAUCUGGUUCUAGAGGUAACUUGACUGUCAGUAUACCGGUGUCUGAUUCGCUCUACUCGAAGUUUACCAAAAAAGAGCAUUUGUGUUUCACAAUAACGGCGGUCUUGUUCAACAUCGGGAUAAACGAAAAGGCUACAUUAGCAGAAGCCCUCGGUGAGACGACACCGCAGUACCAUUCCAACAACGAUAAUCUAGACAGGUUGAAUAAGUACUACCACAAGUACACGAAAAUCUUCCCAGCUGACUAUUCUGGAGCGAAUAGAGCGUCGUCCAGGAUAAAACCCCUAGAGGAAGUUAUGGAGAAUUUGAAGAAAGCAGUGCAAAAGAAAGUGCCAAAAAACAUAGAAGUAUUACAUUUAGCCGCGUUAGCGACACGACAUAUGAAUGGUAUCCGUUUCACGUCGUGUAAAAGUGCCAAAGACAGAACCGGAAUGUCAGUGACCCUGGAGCAAUGUUCGAUCCUCUCAGCGGAAUACCAUUUAGCUGAGCACGAAAUGAAAAAAGCUUUAGACGUUAUGAGGAGCGAGGGCUGCCGCCGUGAGAACACAUAUAAAAACAUAGGUGUUAAGAAGUACGCGUUUACUAAGAAACAGGUGAAGGCGUUGCCAGAAGAAUAUAGACCGCCGACCGGUACCUAUGGCUCUUCACACACUUAG